AUGCUCCUGGUUGUGGUCCUGAAGGUCGUGCCGACGAUCGUGAUAAUCCAGGGGUACCUCCUGAGCCUGGUUGUGCGGAUCCUCCUGAUGAGCUGGGUCCUGAAGAUCUUCGUGAGGUUCCUUUGGUCACAGACUUUAUCCAGGAGGUCUCCGGUAUCGUGCGCGGAGAGCCAGUUGCUGACGGAGAUGCUGUUCCUGGGCUUUCUGGAGGUCGGGUCUAUGAUCUUCGUGAAGACGUCCUUCCUGGAGGCGCUGACGCCGAACGUCGUGGCGAGGACCUUCGUGAUGAUGCUGGUGGUGUCCCUGCAGAUGCUCAUGUCUGUGGUCGUCCUGUCGAUGAUCUUCGUGAAGCUGUCCCUCCUGGAGAUGCUGAUGCCGAACGUCGUGGAGAAGACCUUCGCGGUGGAGCUGGAGAUGUCCAUGCAGAUGCUCAUGACUGUUGUCGUCCUGCCGUUCCUGACGGACUGGGUCCUGAAGAUCUUCCUCGUGCGGACGGUGACGCUGUUCCUGGGCUUCCUGGGGGUCGUGUCGAUGAUCUUCGUGAAGACGUCCUUCCUGGAGGCGCUGACGCCGAACGUCGUGGAGAAGUCCUUCGUGAUGGCGCUGCUGUUGUCCCUGCAGAUUCUCAUGACUGCGGUCGUCCUGUCGAUGCUCAUCGUGAAGACGUCCUUCCUGGAGAUGCUGAUGCCAAACGUCGUGGAGAAGGCAUUCGUGGUGGAGCUGGAGCUGUCCCUGCAGAUGCUCAUGACUGUGGUCGUCCUGCCGAUCGCGCUGAUCAUCCUCGUGAAGUCGACCUUCCUGGAGAUGCUGGCGCCGACCGGCGUGGAGAUGACCUGCCAGGUCGUCCAGUCCUGGUCCUGCUUCCCGAGCCUGUUGGUUGCGAUCUUCGUAGGGAAUCGGGUCGUGCCGCUCCUCUUCCUGUACCUGGUCGCGCAGAUCGUGUGGUACCGUUGGAGGUACGGUUCCCAGUGGGAUGCCGCGUCGUAG